UGUGUGGGGGGGGGGGGGGGCAUGAGCGGUUCCGGCGAGAAGAAGGAUGAGGGACCGCCCAGCGAUGGACUGCAUCAGGCGAUGCAGCAGUCACGGAGCCUGCUUAAUUCCCCUGUUUGACCUCAUAUGUAUACUUCUUUCAUUCCACAACGGCGCUGCCUUGAAUAGCGUGUUUGACCAGACUCUCUAAGGACAUCUCGCAGAACCCCCUAGCUUGAGGCCGCGAUACUCUUGUCGCCGGUUUAAAUAUGGAGGACGACACCGCUUUCGAUGGCCUGGCUGAGGAUGACCUUAUGGACGACGCGGAGGUCGACACGAUGGUGCGCGAGUCUAUUGUCGCGGCCAUCGGCGACAAUCAGUUUGCCCACAACAAAAUUGACUCAUGGAGCAACAACAUCGUGGAAGGGUGCUUGAAGCGGCUAGCGGCCAUGAACAAGCCAUUCAAGUACAUAGUCACCACCAACCUGACGCAGAAGGCCGGGGCGGGACUUCACGCGGCAAGCUGUGCACGAUGGAACGAGAAGACGGACGGCAAGCUUACGGUGCAGUGGGAGAACAACACAAUGAUUGUGCUGGUCUCGGUCUACUGGUUGGCAGUAUGAGCUUAAGCGCAUUGACGGUGCGCAUUACAUUUAGGACAUAUCAAGGGGUUAGGGCAAGGGGUUGCAUGGGGCAAGGGGGUGAACUGAGGGUGUAGCGGGUAGAACUUGGGGGCCAGGGAACCGGCGUGUCAUGUGGCUGCACUGACUCUCUGACUUGGACGACAACAUGGUUAACGAGGCGAGGAUGGACCAACGGGGCGAGUAUGGACCGGUUACCUAUGGUGAAGUGUAUGAGGGCCUCACCCUCUGCUCUUGCUUGUACUAGGAAUUCAACAAGGGCCCUACUGGUGGCGGUGCUGCGGAAAGCGUGAAGGUGUUAGGCAUGGGCGCCAUGUUUUGAUUUCAGUAUGGAUCCUGCUGACUAUGGCGCAUGGCGCACUGGUACUGAAACUGCGGGCUCAUGGAGACCGGGGGAAAAGACACACGUUGCUUGAGUGCGUCAAUGACCUCGGACCGGGGGAGGUGAGGCUGUGCGUGCGUGUAAACACAACUGCAA